AUGGGUGUUCAACUAUUGGAAGGUGAUUUAUUGGAUAUUUUCCGUAUUCCGGAGAGGUACAACAAUCCUACCGGCGGUAUUUACCAGGUUGUUCAAACCAAGAAGACUGAGACUAAUGCUAAAAAGAAUUUGAUUCUCAUCAACGAUGGAAAAUACCAUGUCAAGGCUCUUUUGAGGAACAAAGCUGCAGAGGCGGCUCAACAGGCAGAAUUAGAAAGAGGGGAUGUUUUCAAAGUGUUGAACGCGGAAUGCGCAGUGAUCAAAGAGAAGAAGAAGUUUGUGUUGUUAGUAGAUGAGAUAGAGAUUGUUAGCCGUGGGUUAGAUUUGUUUAAUAAUGCUACAGAAUUUGUCGAUGCUUAUUUGGGUGAACAUAUGAAUGAGUUGGUGACUUUGACUGAUAACGGGGCCGUAGCAUCCGAGGCUGCAUCGGCAGCUGCGUCUGCUACAUCGUCUAUGACUUCUAAGAUGGCUCCUACCAGUACCAGCAACAUUCCAGCCCCACAACCACGUUCUGUGCCCAAGGCAAAAUCGAAUAAUGGGUCAUCCCAAAAUUCAAGGCCUAUUUUUGCCAUUGAACAAAUUUCUCCAUAUCAGAACAACUGGACCAUAAAGGCCAGAGUUUCUUUCAAAGGUGAUUUGAAGAAGUGGCAAAAUAAUAGAGGUGAGGGCCAUAUCUUGAAUGUGAAUUUGUUGGAUUCUUCUGGUGAAAUUAGAGCCACUGCGUUCAACGAUAAUGCGAUCAAAUUUAACGAGAUUUUACAGGAGGGUAAAGCUUAUUUUGUAUCAAAGGCUAGAGUGCAACCUGCUAAACCUCAGUUCUCUAAUUUGAAGCAUCCUUACGAAUUAAGUUUAGAAAGAGAUUGUGUCGUUGAAGAAUGUAUGAAUGAGGAUGCUAACGAUGUUCCAGAGAUGCAUUUCAACUUCAUCAAACUAAAUGAUGUCAAUAAUGUGGAAAAAAAUACUGCUAUUGACGUCGUUGGUAUCUUGAAGUCAGUGGGUCCACAUUUCGAACUUGCAGCUAAAUCUGGAAAGAAAUUUGAUCGUCGUGAUGUAGAAAUCGUAGAUGAUUCAGGUGCGUGUAUAUCGCUCGGUUUAUGGGGCGAACAAGCUAUUAAGUUCAAUUUACCAGAAGGGUCUGUGGUUGCUUUGAAAGGUGUUCGUGUUACAGAUUUCAACGGUAAGUCCCUAUCCAUGGGCAACACAAGUAGCUUGUUUGCAAACCCAGAUAUCCAAGAAGCUUAUACAUUAAAGGGUUGGUACGAUGCUAACGCUUCCAAUACAACUUUCAAGGCUUUGAAAACAGAGUCCGGUGGCGGUGCUGAUACAUCAAAAUUCAUUGCUGAUCGUACCACUAUUGCUAGGGCCAUUGAAUCCAACUUAGGAAGAAGUGAAAAAGGUGAUUACUUCAGUGUCAAGGCUGCUGUAAGUUUCUUGAAAGUUGAUAACUUCGCUUAUCCUGCAUGUUUGAACGAGGGAUGUCAAAAGAAGGUGAUAAUGCAAAGCGACGGUACUUGGAGAUGCGAAAAAUGUGAUAUGAACCAUCCACAUCCAAAAUACAGAUAUAUGCUUACAAUUUCCAUCAUGGACCAAACUGGACAGAUUUGGUUGACCCUAUUCAAUGACCAAGCAGAACAACUUGUGGGAGUAUCGGCCAACGAACUAACAGAGUUGAAAGAAAAUAAUAACCAAGCGUUUGUUGCCCUUACUCAGAAGGUUCAAAUGAAUGAAUAUGAUUUCAGAAUUAGAGCUCGUGAGGAUAACUAUAACAACGAAACAAGGAUUAGAUACACAGUUGCAAACCUCCACGAUCUCAGAUGGAAAGCUGAAGCUGAUUUCUUAGCAGCUGAACUACUAAAAGCAUUAUGA